AUGAUAAAUACCAAUUACCAUAGUACAAAAUUAAAAGGUGAUUGCGGCAUAUAUUCAGUUCAUAGUAAAAAAUCUUCAAGUGUAUGUGAAGAAGACAAUGAUAAACAUAAAGAAAAGGAAUUUGUUGAUAAAAGUAGCAGUGGGGUGAGAAAAAAAAAAUUAUUUGCUUUAACAAAGGGACUGAAUAUAACAAAUGUAAGUAAAUUAAAUGAUGGCGAUUUAAAUAAAAAUAUAAUAAAAACUAAAAAUCGGUUGAAAAAAAUAAUAAAUACUGAUAGUAGCUCUGAUGAAGCUUAUGAUGAUAAUAUAGUUAUUAAGGAAAAUGGGAAAAGAAGAAAAAAAAAAAAAAAAAUUGACAGUGACGAAGAAGAUGAAGAAAAUACAGAAGGGGAAGUCAAAGUCGAAUAUGACAAAGAGAAUGAAAAGGAUAAUAAGUAUAAUGCAACAGAAUUAAAGGAUGAAAAUUAUAAAGAAUAUACUGAUUUGUGUAACUUAGAUAAUGAUUGUGAUCAAAAUAUAAAAUGCUUAAUUAAAAAUUAUAGUUAUACUAAGCAAACUAAGUGUGUUUCUAUAGAAGGCAAAAAAGAAAAAAAUAAAUAUUUUACAGAUAAAGGUGGUAAAACUCGAAAUAGCACAAAUAGUUGUAGUGGUAGUAGUAAUGGUAAAAUGAAAAUUAAUGAAAAAAUUGCCUAUCUUGGCUCUCCAGACUUUUUCUUAAUUAGAGAUGGCUCUGACGAAAAAAUUAACAAAGAAAAACAAAAUAAUAAUCAAUUAAUAAAUAGCAUUCCAGUAAUAACUUUAUUUAGCGAAACCGAAUCGAAAGAGACCUCGAUAAAUAAUACGAAAAGUAAUUCGAUUGACUAUAGUGAUGAUGGUAUAAAUGGGAAAAUGCAAAAUAAAAAAAAAAAUAUAUCAAAAUAUAAUAAUGAAAGGAAGAAAGAAAAGAAAGCACACAAAAAAAAAUAUAAUUACAACACUAUUGAUGAUUCAUAUAAUUCGCAGAACGAUGAUUUUUACAGUAAUAAUCACUAUCUGAAUAGCAAAGAAAAUAGCUUUUAUGAUGAUGGAUCGGAAUAUGAAAAUAAUAGUAAUGAUGAUAAUCAUUCAUAUGAAUAUGAAUUACAUUUGAAACUGUUUAAUGAACAAAAUUGGAAUGAUAAUAAAUUCCAAUGUAGUUCUCUAAGUAUAAAAAAAACAAUGAGGCUGUACAUCGAAUUUAUUAUUUUAUCUCUACUAUCUCCGAAUUUGAAAUAUGAUAGUGAUUACUUUCAUAUUUCAGAAAAUAUAAAGAAUGCAAAAAUGAGGUUAAAAGAAAACUAUGAAAAUAUUUAUAACAAAAUAAUGCAAAAAAAAUCAUUACAUGAAUGUUUUAAUAAUUCUGAAGAAUCAGGCAAAGAAGAAGAAAACGAAACAAUAAAAGGCGAUAAUGUAACGCAGAAGAAAAAAAAAAAUCUUAAAAAAUUAUCCGAAAAUAUAAUCGAUUUGGAAAAUAGUCUAAAAGAAGAUGAAGAAAAGGAAAUAAGUUCCAAUAAUAAUUACAAUGCGUGCCAAAAUGUGGAAAAAACAAAUAACCAAGCUAAAAAAAAAAAAAAAUAUGUCUUAAAUGAUAGCGACAGUGAUACUGUUUGUAGUAGUAACGAUCUCGAAAUAGUGAAUAAAAACAAAGCAGCGAAUGAAAAUAAUGAUAAUAAUAUAUGUGAAGAAAAUAACGAGCAGGCUUUUGAAAUCAAAGAUUUAAAAAAAGAUAAUAAAAACAAGCACCUAUUGGAGGGGAAGACAUUGUUAAGAGAUACUGAAUCCAGUAAAGAUAAUAAUAGUUGUGGAAAGGAUAGUGAAGGCGAAGAAAAUAUUUAUAAUUUUGAAGAAGGUGAAAGUAAUGAAUUUGAUGAAGAGGAUUUGUUGAUAAAUAGGUCGAGUGAUGAUGAUAGAGAUUAUAUAUUUGACUAUAAGAAAAAAUAUGAAAAAAAAAAAAUAACAAAGGAAAUAAACGAUAAUAUUAUAUAUAAAAUAUUAAAUAAUGAUAUUAUGGCUAAUUUAUAUGAACAUGCAAAGAAUGAAGAAGGUUAUAGUAAUUAUGAUUUCUUAAAAACCCUUUGCAAAAUUCGAAAGAUUAAAGAUCAGAAUUAUUAUGAAAAUUAUAUAAAAAAAAUUGAAAAUAAAGUAUUAUCAAAAAGAGAUCAAUUUGAGUCCCAUCCCUUUGAUACACAAUUUAAAAAUAUUUUAAAGAACUAUGCAAAUAUAUUUAUAUCACAUUUAGAAUAUAGCAAUGUAUAUUGUAGUUGUUGUAAUAGAAAACUCACAUAUGCAUGUCCCGUAUUUUUUAUUAAGCCAUUCUAUAAAUCAUCAGAUUUAUGGAAAAAUUAUUUUUAUAAUUUCAUGAAAAUUAACAAUUAUGAGUACUUUGGUCAAAUAGGUUUAACUACUUUAAUAGAUCCGGCAAAAAUCUCAAAUAGUAGAUUUGAGGAUGAUACUAAAAUGCGUAAAAUUAAAGAAGCAAAUAAGUUAUUUAUAAAAAAUCAUAAUGAAAAGCUCCAUAACAAUUUGCUAAUACAGAUUGACACAAAAACUACUAUAGACAAUCAUGUCAUUGAAAACCAUGAAAAAUAUAUUCAAAAUUAUUUAAAUAAAUAUGAAAAAUCAAAAGGUUAUAGAUAUACUGGUGAUAUUGAUGAGAAACGAUUCCAAAAAAAGAAAGAAUCUCUUAAAAUGAAAACGAUAUAUAGUUUUUUCACAAAUAAUAAUAAUGAUAGAGAUAGCAAUUUAUCCUUUGUUUUAAAAAACGUGUGUGAUAAUUUUUCGAAUGCCUCAAAACAUUAUAUCGAAAAAGAUAUCAUAGUUUUACAUUUGGGUUCUUUCUGCGUUUCGACAGUAUAUUAUUGGCAUGUCUUUCACCACUACAAAUUUUUCUUCACAAAAUAUAUAUAUAUGAAACUAUCCAAUCUAUAUAAAAAGGAUAAAAAUUUAUUUAAGGAACCGUUUUUAUUAGCACAUAUCAUAUCAAAAAAGUUAAACAAGGAAUUGUAUAGUGAUUUUAAAAUUCUUAUGAACAUUGAUAUUUCGAAAAUUCAACAAAAAUGGAACGAGCGUGAUAUGUUUGUUAAGUAA